CCCGGACUCACCCUUUUUAUGCUCCUUCCUUCUCGUUGCCCUUUCAUUUCCACUUCCACCGUACCAGUCAUCGUCUUCUUUAUUAUUCUAUCCAUCAACGUUGCUCGGAGCCUCGACCUUACUGCGAAACUAGUUAGUUGAAAGCAUGGCGGAUUGGGGGCCAGUGGUGAUAGCGGUGGUGCUUUUUGUGUUGUUGACGCCGGGGCUGCUGUUUCAGCUGCCCGGGAACAGCCGGGUGGCGGAGUUCAACAACAUGCAGACCAGCGGGGUUUCCAUCUUGGUUCACACCAUCAUUUACUUUGGCCUCAUCACCAUUUUCCUCAUCGCUAUCGGCGUUCACAUCUCCACUGGCUAGCUUAUAUGCACGCUAUCCAUCUCCAACAUUUACAUUUUUCCGAUCCGCGCGCAUGCAGGGGGAUGCAUGAAUGAAUUGUUUUGUGAUUUUAGUAAGAGUUGAGUGUGUUCGAUGAAAUUUAUCAGCACCUGCUGUCUAUGAAUGUUACAUGUUUGAAAACUUGAAAGCAAGCUACUUGGAUCAGUCUCACUAAUUAAGUGCGUGUUUG